GAGAAACGUGUCAUCAAUUCUACAUUGGACAAUCAAACUCACAGCUAUGAAGUUAUUGAUCCUGUCAUUGCUCGUACUAGGGGCCCUUGCCCAGGACGAAACCAAGGAGCUAACCACUGAGGAGAAACUCGCUCAACUCGAGAAAAAUGUUAACACAAUCGGAGACAACAUUGGCAAAGCCACAGAUGCCACCAGCAAAUGGCUCAACGAUCUCCUAGACGACCUCGGCAAAAAGGGAGAAGCAAUCCUGGACAAAGCUAUGGGAGGUCUCGUCGAUGUCGUCAUCGGCAAACGAGAUGUCGAGGAACAGAAGAGCGAGAACCAACAGUUCGUUAAUGAGGUGACUGAGAUCUUCAGAGAGAUCCUCUCAACCAAGAUCCAGAUCGCCAAGGAGGUCACUGAUGCUUCAAUGGAAAUCGUACAGGAGAUUCUCUCUGAGGUUUACGGACUUGACUUCGUCACCAAAAGCACUGAGGAGACACAAAAGAAACUCGAAGAGGUCGCUGAGUUCCAUGCCCGCCACACCCGUGAUAUCUUCAGUGAGUUCUCUGUCCCCGAAGACCGACAGGUUAACAAGAGAAUCAUUGAUGCCGUCAAGGCCCUUGGACAAGUUCUCGGUGAUGCUUUCAAGCCACAUAUUGACAAAAUCGUCUCCGGAGUCAACGGAAUCGUUAAUGACGUCUCAAAGGGAGCUGGUGAUCUGUGGGACAAAGCUAAGCCACAUGUUGACAAGAUCCUCCCCAAACUUGACGGUCAUAUCAAGCAACUCGGUGAUCAUGGCAAGGAACUCCUCGGACACGCCAAGAACGGACUUGAUGCCCUCAUUGAAGCCUCAACUGAUAUCCUCAACGAGACUUUGGAGAAGAUGAAGCCCGCUGCUGGUGGCGCCAUUGACACAAUUAAAGAUGGCGCUGGUGUUGUUGUCGACCAUAUCGAGAAGGAGAUCGGAAUUUCCUCCACUCCUUGUAAGAAGCCAACUGGUAUCAAAUCUGGCAGUGGACAAGCCGUCACCCUCACUUUCAGAAACCUCUCCAAGAUGACCGUCGUCCUUCACUGGGUGGAUUACCAAGGAAACAUGCAAGGCAACUGGAAACUCGCCUCUGGCAACAGCAUUAGAAUGAACACUAACACUCAACACCCAUGGGUGGUCACUGACGAGGCUGGUAAGGUCUACACUCUUGCCGGAGAGUGUGUCUAUUGGCCCAAGGUCAACGAGAAGGCUGUAUGGAUCACUGGACUGGAUCAGUAAUCACGUGACCUCACCACCAGUGACAUCUUUAUGUGAUAAUUCAGGGAUUUUGACAUAUACGCACAUUUUGUGUUGAUGUUGAUGAACUGUUUAUUUAGAUUAUGUAUUGAAAUGAACAUACAAAUAAAU